AUGGGGCCCCCUCUUCUUCAUUUCAACCUAACGGUCGUUACGAGGGCCCCCGCGACGGAUGGGGGCCCCCAUCAGACAGCGGAGGAGGAUGGGGGGGGCCCUCAAGGGGGCCCCCAGGCGGCAGCAGCAGAGGACGAGGAGGGGGCAUGGGGGGCCCCCAGAACUCUAGUCGAUGUUGGGGAAGAGAUGAUGUCCCUGCAGGGUCCUGGUAUAGAGGAGGAGGGGGCCCUGGGGGCCCACCAAGGGGGGCCCCUAGGGGGGGCCCCCGAGGUGGUCCUGGGUACUAUGGACGAAGGAGAGGCCGAGGAGGUGGCGGAGGGAGAGGGCAUUAUGAGCAACAAGAAGAAUACAACAGAGGUGGUUAUUGGUGGGGUUGCUCUUUUCUUACAGAGAUGA